AUGACGGACCAUAAGAUCACGAACCUUCACUCGAGCCCCUCAAACGAUUACCUUCUUGAGCAACAUCUUAUAGAGUAUUGGCACCACAAUCGCGAAGAACAUUUCCGUUUCAACCGCCGCACAAUUUGGUCAUCUUACGAUCCAUACUUGACUGUUCUCGGCGACAACCCACCUGUCCGCUUUCCCAUAUAUCACCACUAUCGCGAUAUGUGGAACAAGCCAACCUGCAUGUACUUCGAGCCCUCGUCUUACUCGACUUCCCCACCCCGCAUUGUCUUUGCGGCUAUAUACGAGGCCUGGCGCCAUGACUGUGGCGAGUAUUGGAAUCCAGAGUACGGACACUUUAUGGCCAAUCCGGUGCGGAUCGCGGAGCAGGGUCCGAAGACGCUGGGGGAAAUCAUCGAGAUCCACAAAGAACUUUGUGCGCUUGGAAAGGAGCAUGAGCCUAACGAUGGAAAAUAUCGUAUGCACAAAUCGUAUCCUCAGGUAUUGCUAGUGUGUGAUACGAUGCCCACUUUCUCGAAGGAGGAUGACGGAUAUGUCAGUUUGAAGAAGGUUGCUGAACAACAAACUGUGCUCAUUGUUAAAACGAGGGUCCCAGGAGAUAUCUCCAUCGAUGAAAUGGCUUCUCAUGCGCUGCCUCUGGAGAGGUCCGACGUGGGAGACCUGGAUGUCCUGCGCGUCCCGCUUUCGAUAGCAGUGAAGUACAUGAUUGCGCUGGAAACUCUUAUGGGAGAAUCGCAGGGCAAGAAUCCGAACAGGUUUGAUACUGAAUUGCUCACGGUUGAAACGCCCCUUGGCUUUGAUCCGAUCGUCACGCGUCAUCCAGCGAUGUGGGGUGCUGCGAUGGUGGAGGUGGCUAGGAAGCACGGGAAUGGUAGCAUGGUGCCGUGGCGAUGGCCUGCUUUGAGGAUUGCUGCAGGCGUUUCCGGACAGCCGCAUGAGUCCGAGGAAGAUCAUUGGAGACAUUACUGGAAGCCUGGACAUGAGUAG